ACUGCUCUAGGUGGCCGCCAUGGGACUGGAGGCGGCGAGCGGGCUGGACUGUGCAGCGCUGGGCGCGCUGCUGCGGGAGCCGCGGGAGGCGGAGCGCUUGCUGCCCGACCGCGCGCUGCGGGCGCGCCUGGCUCGCGGGGAAUUGGCGCGGGCAGUAGUGAUGGACGAGGACAGCGCCUCGGUGGCCGAGCUGCCGCCCGACGGCCCCGCUCUGGUGCUGCUGGCGGCGCUGCUGCACGAGACGUGCGCUGGGCCCACCGCCGUGUGCUUCCUCCGAGGAGGCUUCGAAACCUUCCAGACCUGCUGUCCGGAUCUGUGCUCUGAGUCCCCCACCCCGGUGAUGCCUCCCGCUGGGGUUGAAAACAGCUGCCCCGCGGACUCCAGGGCUCCCUUCUAUGACCAGGGUGGCCCUGUGGAGAUCUUGCCCUACCUGUACCUGGGCAGCUACAGCCACUCCUCAGACCUGCAAGGGCUGCAGGCUUGCGGCAUCACUGCGGUCCUCAACGUCUCCGCCAGCUGCCCUAACCACUUUGAGGGCCUUUUCCGCUACAAGAGCAUCCCCGUGGAGGACAGCCAGAUGGUGGAGAUUAGUGCCUGGUUCCAGGAGGCCAUAGGCUUCAUUGACUCAGUGAAGAACAGCGGAGGCCGGGUGCUGGUCCACUGCCAGGCAGGCAUCUCACGCUCCGCCACCAUCUGCCUGGCAUACCUGAUCCAGAGCCACCGGGUGCGGCUGGAUGAGGCCUUUGACUUUGUUAAGCAACGUCGGGGCGUCAUCUCCCCCAACUUCAGUUUCAUGGGGCAGCUACUGCAAUUUGAGACUCAGGUGUUGUGUCACUAAGGCAGAGUGGCACCAGGCUGACACCCCCCCAAUGGCCGAGAGAGGCCGCUUAUUCCUGGGGACCACUGGGCUCCUCGCGGGUCUGUCUCCUGUCAGAAUUUGAAAAGCUCCUAGUGUCCCACGGGGGCACUAGAAAUGCAGGGGUGCUAGAUUUUCUUCUCUGGUGCUCGUCUGCUAGGGGUUUGAGGGCCGGCCCUCAAACUGGGGGAGAAUGAAGGGCACGUCUACUUCCCUCCUGCCCCACCCACUGGCAGAAAUGAACUAGACUCUAUAUCCGUGGUGCCACCACCAUGUCGAAGCCCUUGGCAGCCUGAGGGCACCAAGGAACAAGCUGUGACAGCCAGGAGCCCUGUCUGGGGUGGUCCGCCCUGGGGCCUGGAGCCUGAGCCUUGUGCGGGGGAGCUGGAGCUCAGGAAGUGACUGGAACGUCAUGCUGCGGACUGUUUGCUUGCGUGUGUAUGUACGUGAGCGUCUCACGCUUGUGUUGGCGCUGGAAAGUUAUUUGUGUUCAACUGACAUUUAACACUCCCUCCCCCUACUUCCUCCCAGCCCUGUGGGCAGGGGUUGGAAACUUAGCACUUUAUAUUUAUACAGAACAUU